AUGAACUGGGCCCAAAGGCUUUCUCUCUUUGGUUCAAUAGGAAGCAUAAUCAUCUAUAACUGUCUGCUUUUAUGCUACUUAUUUGCGGCCAAAUUUAAAGAACCAAUUCUCAAGUUCUGCGGAUUAGCCUUCUUUUCUUUAAGCUGUAUGACAAAUCCAAUCAUGCUUACACUUGCUACCAAGGACGGAUCAACCUUUUCCUCUCAAAAAUAUACUUUAAGGCUCCUUCUUUUCUUUCCGCUCUCAAUAAUCCUCUCCAAUACCUUUUUAGCACUGAACCCCAUAAUAAUGCAGAAACUGAUGCUUCUAAUAGGAGUUACAGAUUUCAGCAAAAUAAUUUACUCAAUAUUUUACCUUUACAUAGGAAAACUGUGCUCAACAGGAAUUUUAGAUGUCUUUUGCCAAUUUUUUAUUGUUGGAUCUAACCUGGAAGGAGAAGGUUUUUCAAUAGAAGAGCCUCAAAUUUAUGCAUUUUACCUUUAAAUUGCCCAGUGAACAAUUACCUUAUCUCGUAUAUCGAUAUUAAGAGUUAGAGAUAUUAUUUUAUAGGAAAAGAAAAAGAAAUAAAAGGCUACUUAAACAGAUAUAAUAAAUUGUUAACAAAUGGAGAGUUGCCUGGCACUUUAUAAAUUAAAUAAUAAUGGCAACAAAAACUAAUUAAUAUCUUCUAUUAUGUAUUGCAAUAAUUUCUUAUCAUGCGCAUGCAUGUCAAUUUGAAUUUGAUAUGUGAAAACCAAAUAUGCGUUUCAAAAUGCAGAUUUUAGUGCGGCAAAUUCAUAAUUUGAAAUUUCAUAUGAAAAUGGCGCGUAUAACGUCCAUAAGAAAUUUAUGCAACGCAUAAUAGCCAAUCCCAGGGAAAAAAACUAUACUUGUUUGCUCUUCUCAUCACAUCUAUAAUACUGAUUUUUUUAAGCUUAUGCUGCUGUACCGAUGUGAUUAGAGCAUAUAUUGAGCAAUACCAAACUUUGGCAAAUAUAAGAGAAAAGCUGAUACCAAAAAUAUGAAUCUACUCGUCAGAAAUGAAGGAAGAAAUGUGUGCGAUUUGUUUGGAUGCCUUCAACAUAGGGCAAAGAAUAGGAAUAUUAAUGUCAUGCAACCAUAUAUUUCAUGAAAAUUGUCUGGGAAAAUGGUUGAGCUAUAAAGAAGCAUGCCCAGUAUGUAGGAAAGAAGGGGCUGUUGAAAGUAAUUAA